UACCAUUUUGGCAUGAAAUUUUAAACAGGAUAUGGUCAAUGAGAAGAUUGAAGAAUACCUGUUUCGUAUGCUUGAUGAAGAAACCGACUCAGAGAUUGGCAAUCUAGUCCGUGCAACAAUUACUCGACUUCUUUAUGCGUCAUGCCCAACUGGUCCAUCAAGAUGGUUGUCAAUACUACAUAAAAUGGUUCUUUCAGUAUCAACAAAGAAUACUGCUGAGAAUGAUGCAAAUAAUGAAAACGGACGCAUAAGUGGUGCAUUUGAGGGUGAGGCAAAGUUGCAUUUUGGAAAAGUUGAUGAAGACAUGAUUGCAAGCUCGUCAAGGGAGUCAAUCCAGGAUUCUAUUAAUAAUAGAGAUAAGCAUCUGAGAUAUCGAACAAGGCUGUUUGCUGCAGAGUGUUUGAGCCAUCUACCAAAAGCAGUUGGAGCAAAUCCUGCACAUUUUGAUCUAAUUUUAGCAAGGAAUCAGCGUGGAAAGGGGAGCAGCUCCAAUGAUUGGCUAGUGCUGCACCUGCAAGAUAUCAUCUCUCUUUCUUAUCAGAUAAGCACUGGCCAAUUUGUGUGGAUGCAGUCUAUAGGUGUGGAGCUAUUAACUAGCAUUAUGGACAAGUACGGAAAAACUCAAGAUCCUGAGCUACCUGGGCACCUUCUGUUGGAACAGUAUCAGGCUCACUUAGUAUCUGCUGUACGAUCAGCGAUCAGCACUUCUUCUAGCCCUUUGCUCCUGGAGGCUGGCCUGCAGUUAGCUACCAAGCUUCUGACAAGUAGCAUCCUUAGUGGGGACCGGGUUGCUGUUAAUCGAAUGUUCUCAUUAAUUUCUAGGCCACUUAAUGAAAUUAAGGACUUGUGCUACCCAUCAUUUGCUGAAUGGGUUGCAUCCAAGAUUAAAGUGAGACUUUUGGCUGCCCAUGCCUCCAUCAAAAGUUUUGUGUAUCAGUUCUUUAGAAAGGAAGACAAUGUUCCAGAUGAAUACCAACAGCUUGCAUCUCUGCUUUCAAGUGGCUCAACUAUUUUGGGCCAGUACUGGAUUAGCAUCCUCAAGGAUUAUAUUUUUAUUAGAUUUGGCUUGAAUUCCAAGUUUACUUUCAAACCCUUCCUCGAUGGUAUUCAGUCGCCAUUAGUUUCAUCCAAAGUGCGAGCUUGUCUAGAUGAAGCCUGGCCAUUGAUAUUGGAAGCAACUUCUCUUGAUGCAAUCCCUGUGAUGUUAGAAGAAGACCAGGCUUCAAAAACUAGAAGCACAAUAGAAUAUCAAAAAUCUUCUUUUAUAUCAGGAUACAGCAUGGUCAGAUUGGAAUCCUGGGAUUUUGAUUUUCUUUGGGGACUGGCAUUGCUCAUUCUAUUUCAUGGGAAACAGCCUCUUUUGUCCACGCAAGCAAAAACACCAUCUUGCUAUGCAAAGAAUAAAUAUGAUGGUGAUUCAGUUCUCGAGAAGACAUAUGAUGUGACAUCAGGUGAAUUUGCGUUAUCGGUAUUUCAAUCUCAAUGUCAGGAAAGAUUUUUCAGCCUGAAAUUUCUCACAUCGGACUUAUGCAAAGAACUUCUUCAGAUUCUCAUCUAUGCUGAACCUUCAUCUAGUUCAUGGACUAAUCUGGUUGUUGGUUUACUCUCACAGAUUGCACAGUUUUCCCCUGAUGUCUACUUUGAGACAGAAGAUUUCACAGCUGCAGCUAUGGAAUUGUUUUUCAAAUGCUUAUCAACGUUUCAUAGUAAUAACGUCUUUGCAAAAGAUGAAGCAAGUUUCACAGGAUUUUUUUCUCAAUUAUAUGCGUGUGCUGAAAGAUUAGUAAGGCGGAUGAACAAUAAGAAGAAUCAAGAAAGGAUGAUAACAGCCUUAAUGUCAACAACAUGCGAGUGGUUUAGAGAAGCAUCAACCAAGCUAUGUUUGUUCAAAGUUCUUGCAUUUCUCCAUAACCUCGCGACCUUUUUGAAGAGCUACAUAAUAGCAGAUGAAGCAGGGCGUGACAUGGAAGAUAUUACCCAUUUAAGAACGGUUCUUCUGACGUGGGCAAGUCUGUUAGUAUCUCUCUCUGCAGACUGCACAAAAAGGAUCCACACUUUAGAUAAUAAGCUGGAUGACUUGAGCAAGCUUCUUGGGAAAAUGCUAUCUUUAUGCCUAGAAGAAGCUGCUGCUGUUGCUAAAUUAGCUUAUCAAACACAAAUCUUCAGAAAUAACGAAGAAAGAUACCAACUGAUAUUAUUUUCAAUAUUUCGAUUGUGUACUAGAUGCAUCCAGAAUGCUUUAUGUGAUAGCAAUAGACAGGUUCAGGCAAUUGGACUAAAUUUUCUUAAAAUUGUUGGUCAAAGAGAACUUGCUGAACCCUCAAACAUUAAGAGCAAUCAAUUUUUCUUGUUCUUCAGUGGUGAAGUCCUUGGAGAUAUUUAUAUUCUAAUCCAACAAGAGUUGAAGGAAUCAGUAAACAAGGAAAGCAUUACUGUAAUUGAGGAGUGCUUGAGGCUACUAUUCCUCUUUCAUACAGUAGCACAAAGAACUGAGCAGCCACAAGCAAUACUAAAACUGCUUUUAGAGGCCCUAAUUAUGGUUUUUAAUAUUUCAAGUGAAACUCAUUCACAGAGAUUUCAAGAUGUCAACGCCAUGGCAAGAAGACUGGUCGGCCAUUUGAUCCACAUUCCAUCAUCUGCCACUCAACUGAAGGAUGUGAUGCUCUCAAUGCCAGGAUUUCGUAGACAACAACUUCAGGAUAUGAUUCGAGCUUCAGUAGCCGCCCAAGAUCAAACUAUGACCACAAAAAUAAACAUUGAAUCAGACAUAAAAGCAAGAGCAGCUAACCAAGCCCAAACUCUUAAGCAUGAAGAACAGGAUGCAGGUGUUGACAAAAAUGAUGAUGAUGAUGAUGAUGAUGAAUGGGAUGCAUUUCAAUCUUUACCUGCUGAAAAUCCUUCUGCUCCAACAUUUGAUAAACAUGUUGAGAGAACUGAUUCACAGAUUGGUACAAUUACUGAUUCUUCAGUCCUACAAAAUGUUGAAUCUGAAUAUCCAAGCGAUACACAAAAUACAGAGAGAAAUGUAUCUGAAGAAACAAGAGAACCUGGUGCGAAUUCCAUCAUGGAUGCCACAGAUUCAGAGCAUCCUGAAGGUGAUGGAAGAAGCAUAAAUAGUGCUGGAGAUAUCAGUAAUGAAUCAGAUGAAGCUUCUGAUGAGAUGUUCGAUGCUGAAGACUCUGUAAGAACAUGUAGCGUUGAUGAAGCAGGAUCUGACGAGCAUUCUUAGGCUCAGCCUUCUUCAGCAGUAGAGGCCAUCUCGAAAGAUGAGAAAAUGUAUGAGGAAAAUUAUAGAUUUCUGAUGCUUUCUGCAAGUGGUAGAGAGGAUCCAGGUGAGAGUAGCUUGACCGUUGAGGGCUCACGAAGGACUUCUGAUGAUUCUCCAGCUUCAUCAAAGGAUAUUAUCACAGAAAAUAGUAACAAAAUGAAGAUGAAAUUAUCUAAUAUAUUGUGUUUAUUAGAAACAGGGAGAAGGGUUUUUGACUAUUGGGUGUAAAACUUGUUGAGGCUGAAUUUCUUCAGCAGUCCUUGUUUAUUACUUAUUUUGUUGUAAUUUAAUGCGUUAUUUAAGCACA